UUAGCCCCCUCGCCCGCGGCCGUGAGGAGGACCGGGGGACGGGGGGCCCGCCCGGCCAACGGAUCUGCCCGAGGAACUAGGCCUUCUCCGCUUCUGGAUGAGCGAGCGGGAGCCGAGAAGGGGACGCAGAGCGGAGCCUUCCCGCCCGGAGAGUCGCCGCCGGGCCGUCUUCCUCCCCGAGGACCCCCACGGCCCGGCCCCCGGCGGUAGCCACCCCCCCGGGCCACGGGCCGCGUCCGGGCCGCCAGGCCGGGCCACCCCCCGAUGUCUCCCCCCGCCCGCUAGACCCCAGGGGACCCCGACUCCGGAGCCGAUGCGGGUCCGCCAGCUCCGGCCAUGAGGAAGGACAUAGAGACCCUGGUGGCCCAGGAGAGAGCGGAGAUCCUUGCCAAGUAUGAGAAGGGCCGGCAGGAAGGAGCUCAGAUCGACCCCUGGGAGGACGCCGACUUCACGCUCUAUAAAGUCACGGACCGGUUCGGCUUCCUGCACGAGCAGGAGCUGCCCGAACACAGUGCCCUGGAAGAGAAGCAAAAGCUGCAGGAGAUCGAGCGAGUGAGCAAAUGGCUGAAGAUGCUCAAGAAGUGGGAAAAGUACCAGCACAGCGACAAGAUGUCCCGCAGGGUCUACAAAGGCAUCCCUCUGCAGGUGCGUGGCCAGGUGUGGUCACUCCUGCUGGACAUCCAUAAGAUCAAGUCGGAGAACGACGGCAAGUACGAGAAAAUGAAAGAACAAGCGAGAAGCUUCUCGUCCGAAAUCAAGCAAAUAGACCUGGACGUGAAUCGCACCUUCCGGAACCACAUCAUGUUCCGGGACCGCUUCGGCGUCAAACAGCAAGCCUUGUUCCACGUCCUGUCCGCCUACUCUGUUUACAACACGGAAGUGAGCUACUGCCAGGGCAUGAGCCAGAUCGCGGCCAUCCUGCUGAUGUAUCUGAACGAAGAGGACGCCUUCUGGGCCCUGGCUCAGCUCCUGACCAACGAGAAGCACGCCAUGCACGGCUUCUUCAUCCCCGGGUUUCCAAAGCUGCAGCGGUUCCAGGCUCACCACGAGCAGAUCCUCAGCAAGCUCUUCCCCAAGCUCAAGAAGCACAUGGACAAAGAACAGAUGUCCACGGGGAUCUACACCACCAAGUGGUUCCUGCAGUGCUUCAUAGAUCGGACGCCGUUCACGCUCACGCUGCGGCUCUGGGACAUCUACAUCCUGGAGGGCGAGCGGGUGCUGACCGCCAUGGCCUACACCAUCCUCAAGCUGCACAAGAAGCGGCUGCUGAAGAUGUCCCUGGAGGACCUGCGGGAGUUCCUGCAGGAGCAGAUCUCGGGCUCGCUGCACUUCGAGGACGACCUGGUCAUCGACACCCUGCAGGCCUCCAUGGCCGAGCUGCGCAAGAUGAAGUUCGACCUGCCGCCGCCCGCCAAAGCCGACGAGUUCCCAAAGAAGCCUCUGGGCCUGGAGCUGUCCCUCAGCCCGGUGCCCGCCAAGCCCGCGGCCAACGGCCGGAGCAAGCCGCCCGGGAGCCCGGAGACCCCCACCGACCCCCUACCCCAGGGGCCGCCCCCGCCCCGCCGCAGCCCCGCCGCCACCGGGCCCGGCCUCGGCCCGACCACCGGCCCCACGGGCCCCGUCCCUCCCGCCGCCCUCCCCGGACCCCGGGCCGGGCCCGGCCUGGACGCCCACGCCGAGGAGAGACGGCUCCGGGGAGGUGACCGGGGACCCCCUCCCUUGGCGCCGUCUUGCUGCCCCGACGGCGAGGCCGAGGCCCUCUGUCCCUCCGCCCCCGAGGACCCUGUCGUCCCCCCUCGCCCCGAGGACGGGGCCCCCCCGGACUCCCGGGAGCCGGAGGCCGGCCCCCUGGACGGCUGGACCGGGGAGGAGGAGGAAGAGGAGGAAGAGGAGGAGGAGGCCCAGUUUCCCGCCGCGCCGCAGGCCCCGGAGUGGGAGGCGCCCGCCCAGCCGUACCCCUUCCCGCCGCCCCCGCUCCCCGAAGAGCUCCUGCCCCUGGGGACCCUCCCCGAGGACAGCUGGUACCCCCCGCUCCCUCCGCCCGGGGCCCCCGACGAGCCCCUCCACCUGCCGCCGCCCCCUCCGAGCGCCGCCGCGGAUGGAGAGCCGGGCCGAGACCAGGAGGCCCCGGGGCCCGGCCUCGCCCCGGCCUGGCGCGGCCCCCUGCCCAAGGCCUCGUCCGUCGGGGAGAUGGGCGACCUCGUGGAGCGAGAGGACGGAGGGGCGGGGGCCGCGGUCCUCCGCCCGCGGCCCUCGGGCAGCCUGCCCGGCCUCUGCGACCCCCGCCCCGUCCCCGAGGGGCCCCCCGGCCGGCCGACCCCCGACCCGCCGGCCGGGGCCCGGCCCGGCCAUUUCUGCCUGAUCCGGACCGGCCCGCCGCUCCACGUGGCCCACGCCACGGACCGGAACCUGGCCACCGGGAAGCAGGUGGCCCUGCCCCUCACCCCCACCCGGCGGGCCGCCGCCCACGGGGACCCCGGGAGCCGCCCGCCCGACGAGAACCAGACCGAGCCCCCGGCCGAAGCCGGGGACGGCCCCCGGCCGCCGCCGCCGCACGGGCCCAAACCGGUGCCGUUCUAG